ACUAUGAAAGGAACAAUGUCGUCUGUGCUUUGAGAGGAUUGCUCCUCCUCCUCCUCCCACUCCUCACCCACUCUCCUGUGUAGAUGGGGUAUAAAGACCUCUUCUCUUCGACACUCUGCCUGGAGACCCUCAACUUGUCCUACUUCAUUCAUCACUGAUCCUUUUCUUUCUGGAUUUUCCCCGUGACUUAAGUUGGUACCAGACACUGGUUGCUGCUGAGAUGCACGGUCUUCUCCUCACAUUUGUGCAUCGGCUGAAUCCAGCAGGAGUGAUGAUAUAAAGGGGUUUAGUGUUGUGAUGAGUGUGGAAGCAUGGCUUGGCUGAGCGCAAACCUCAGUAACGUGACUGUUGACGUCUCGGUGAGUGAGGAUGAGCCGCGGGACGAGCGCCUGGCUCAGGUGGAAAUAGUUCUUCUCUCCAUCAUCUUCAUCACCGCGGGGAUCCUUAACGUCGGGGUUCUGUUGUUGCUGUGGAAGCGGAGGAAGCAGCUCUGCAGGAUGCGCGUCUUCGUCUUCCACCUCUGCGUCGCGGACCUGGUGGUCACAUUCUUCCAGGUCUGUCCGCAGCUCAUAUGGGACAUCACGGACCGAUUCGUGGGUCCCGAUGUGCUCUGUCGAGCAGUGAAGUACCUACAGGUGGUCGGCAUGUUUGCGUCUACUUACAUGAUAGUGGUGAUGACCAUAGACCGAUAUCAAGCCAUUUGCAAACCUAUGGUGACGUUCCAGAAGCGCAGGGCGCGCUGGAAUGGCCCCGUGUGCGCCGCCUGGUGCGUCUCUCUGGUCGGCAGCCUCCCGCAGGUGUUUAUCUUCUCUCGGGUGGAGGUUGCUCCGGGUGUGUACGACUGCUGGGCGCAGUUCAUCAAGCCGUGGGGUCCUAAAGCCUACGUGACCUGGACCACGCUGGUGAUUUUUGUGCUGCCUAUUAUCACGGUGAUCGUGUGCCAGGUGCGCAUCUGCCGCACCGUGCACCAGAGUUUUUCCACGAAGGCGCAACACGUCGGAGAGACGCUCAACAAGACGCUGUCCUCCAGAGCCAGCAGCGUCGCAGGAGUGUCCAAGGCCAGGGCCAAGACGGUGAAGAUGACCGUGGUCAUUGUGCUCACCUACAUCAUCUGCUGGACGCCUUUCUUCACCGUGCAGCUGUGGUCGGUGUGGGACGCAGCGGCACCCACCCAGACUGCGACCUUCACCAUCCUGAUGCUGCUGGCCAGUCUGAACAGCUGUGUUAACCCCUGCAUCUACCUGCUGUUCAGCGGGAUGCUCCCCAAGCGACUGGUGACCGUGAUGUGCACGAGUGAGCCCGAGCUGAAGGACUCCAUGCAGGAGGACGCCACCAUGGUCAGCUCCCUGUACAUCAGCCUGAAGGGCCUGUCAGUCAACAGAUAGAAGCUGAGAAGCUCCAGGACACACAUCCCACAGCAGCAGUACUGGAGGGUUCCAACUGUGUGAGGUUGGACUUCUGAGACUGCAAAAUGUAAAUGCAGAAAAUGAAAAAACAAACAGAAAAGAAACACUGUCAAAUAACAGGCAGCAUAAAAAAAUAAUAAUUGUUGAACAUCGUUUUUGUUGAAUUUCUGUUUUUUGACUCAGAUGUGUAAUUGUGCUGUCAAAUAUAAAUAGACUUAUAUGUCUUGUGUAUUUAUAUAUUUAUAUAUGUAUAUAUAAUCAUAGUGUUUCUGUACGACACAGGUAUGUUUUGCUGUGUUAAUAAACUGU